GAUAAUAUUACCAUCUGCACUCACAAGCCUCCCAGGACUACUCCUCAUCAUCCUCGCUGCCGCUGCAUGUACGGAUCGCCACACAUGACACGGGCCACAGCGCCUGGAAGAGACGCGGCUUCCCCCAUUGUUUUCCAGCGCGGCGAUUGCCCUAUUCCGUGGGAUUGAUGCCUCUGCCCUCCUGCCCCCGGGCGAAGCGGCGAUCAUGGGCUGUCUGCAGAGCCUCACCUGCAAGUCCCGCAUCAGGAGGGAGAACAUCACCGUGUAUGACGUGUGUGCCACCAUAGACCAGUGCCCGACCUCCAUAGAGGAGAACUCGCCCAUUGUCUUAAGGUAUAAGACCCCCUACUUCAAAGCUUCGGCCCGGGUGGUCAUGCCGCCCCUGCCUAGGAAUGAGACCUGGGUGGUGGGAUGGAUCCAAGCCUGCAACCAAAUGGAGUUCUUCAACAUCUACAGCGACCUGGGCAUGUCAAGCUGGGAGCUCCCGGACUUAAGAGAAGGACGGGUAAAAGCCAUUAGUGAUUCGGAUGGAGUGAGUUACCCUUGGUAUGGAAACACCACUGAAACUGUGACCUUGAUGGGCCCUACAAACAAAAUUUACAGGUUCUCCGUCAGCAUGAAUGACAACUUCUACCCCAGUGUAACAUGGGCAGUACCUGUGAGUGAAAGCAAUGUGCCCAUGCUCACCAGAAUUAAAAGAGACCAAAGUUUCACAACUUGGUUGGUAGCUAUGAAUGCAAACACCAAGGAGAAGAUCAUUCUACAAACAAUAAAAUGGCGGAUGAGGGUUGAUAUUGAGGUAGAUCCGACUCAGAUACUGGGUAAACGGGCAAAAUUGGUGGGUAGGACUCAGCAGGAACAGCCAAGGAUUUUAAGCCGCAUGGAGCCAAUCCCACCAAAUGCACUGGUAAAGCCUAAUGCUAAUGAUGCCCAGGUGCUAAUGUGGAGACCGAAAAGAGGACAACCAGUAAUAGUUAUUCCUCCUAAGUAGGAGUGAAUGAAAUAUCAAGAAUGAGAAGAGGAAAACAAGGGAUUUUAAAGCUACUUUCUAGCUUU